AUGGUCAGAUUGAAGUUCCCCAUCACCCAUUUUAGUCUAUGUUCUCAAUCAAAUCCUGCUUCCAAAACCCUCUCCCUAACAUUGCUUAUGUUCUUUAAAUUUGAUUUUACAUCGUCUUUCACAGAGGUAGAUAAUUGGAAAUCAUAUUUUUCCCAAAUCUGUUACGGAUGCGGUGGUGGGCGUGGCCCCGACGGCGCUUCUUCAGGUGGUGGUGGUAGGGUUCGUCUAGGCUCAUGGGUUGUUUUAGGGUUAUGUUGGGUUUGUGGGCUUUGUUUAGGCUUAUGGUUAAUUGUGGUGAUGUGGGCUAGUAGUUUUAGUGCGGUUUUUGUUCGCGUUAGUUGUGUUUUUAGCAUGUUAGUUUGUUGCUAUCUUGGGAUUGACGGAAACCGCCACCCAGCCGCCACUUCCGGCCACCUCAGCCCUCGAGCCCGGUCCCGUUCGACUCGUCGUGAAGCUCCGAACCUGAACCACCCAAAAUCCCGAUCGGAAACCUUGAAAUCCGGCAACGAUAGCGACUGGUUCAAAUUGGACUUCUCACGUGGUUGCGCCGCCGUCUCCGCUGCCAUUUCUUGUGAAACUGGUACUUCGGUUGAUCAUACACAGCAGGCAGGACCCUCUCGGGGCCGGGCAGCUUGGGAUUACCUUAUGGCUAUAUUUGAGUAUUAUGGAUAUGUUUAUAUGGAUUUUGGGAUAUCUGCCUAUAUUGCCUAUGUGAGUACCAUUCCCUGGUUACUAGGCUUCCCACACACGUCGUUGGCAGUGCCGGUGGGGUGGGAAGGCCAUGAGAUUAUGGGUCUCACACGUGUUGUUGGCAGUGCCGGGUGGCGGUGGGGUGAUGAUACCGUCUGCGCGUGUAGGACUUGUUAUGAGAUAUGUGAGCUACACGUGUCGUUAGUAGUGCCGGCGUGUGAGCUAUGGAGUUCCGUACCCCGGUUGGACUACUCAUCCCUGGUCGCGGUAGUUGCUCUUGGAAGCGUUCAAGCAGAGUACGAGCUCAAAUCGUUCCAUCUGUAG